CUGCUAUUCAAUUCCCAGCCCUAGAUCAUCGCUCUUUCUUCAAUUGGGGAAGGAAUUCGAGCGCGGUUCUGGAUCUACUUUACCGUCGGACAGAUUGCUCGAUUCGGACGGAUUUUUGAUUAUUGAAAAUGUUUGGAAGGGCGCCGAAGAAAAGUGAUAACAGUAAGUACUAUGAGAUCCUCGGGGUGCCGAAAACGGUGUCGGCUGAUGAUUUGAAGAAGGCGUAUAAGAAAGCAGCGAUUAAGAACCAUCCCGAUAAGGGAGGGGAUCCUGAAAAGUUUAAGGAGAUUGCUCAUGCAUAUGAGGUCUUAAGUGAUCCUGAAAAGCGUGAGAUCUACGAUCAGUAUGGUGAGGAUGCCCUCAAGGAAGGAAUGGGUGGCGGUGGCGGAGGCAGUGGCAUGCACGACCCCUUCGGACUCUUCUCCGAGCUCUUCGGUGGAAGUGGAUUUGGAGGUGGUAGCAGUCGUGGAAGAAGGCAAAGACGAGGAGAAGAUGUAGUGCAUCCACUAAAGGUGUCUCUCGAGGAUCUCUACCUCGGGACCAGCAAGAAGCUCUCCCUCUCUCGAAGCAUAAUUUGCCCAAAAUGCAAUGGCAAAGGGUCCAAAUCCGGGGCUUCAUCCAAGUGCCUUGGCUGCCAAGGAAGGGGCUUGAAGGUCACUGUCAGGCAGAUCGGCCCUGGUAUGAUCCAACAAAUGCAGCAAGCCUGCAACGAUUGUAAGGGCACUGGCGAAACCAUCAGCGACAAAGAUCGAUGCUCGCAGUGCAAGGGUGAGAAAGUUGUCCAAGAAAAGAAAGUGUUAGAAGUCCAUGUCGAGAAGGGAAUGCAGAAUGGUCAGAAGAUCACAUUCCCUGGAGAGGCCGACGAAGCUCCUGAGACUGUCACUGGAGACAUUGUCUUUGUUCUUCAACAAAAGGAGCAUCCCAAAUUCAAGCGAAAGGGAGAGGAUCUAUUCUUCGAGCACAACCUGUCCCUCACGGAGGCACUUUGUGGCUUCCAAUUCAUAAUAACUCAUCUCGACGGUCGACAGCUCCUCGUCAAAUCGUCGCCCGGCGAGGUUGUGAAGCCCGAUUCUUUCAAGGCUAUAAAUGACGAAGGCAUGCCGAUGUACCAAAGGCCGUUCAUGAAGGGUAAGCUCUACAUCCAUUUCAACGUGGAGUUCCCCGAAUCCUUGCUUGUGGAUCAAGUCGGCGCGCUGGCGAAGGUCCUCCCUGCGAAGGCAGGAUCACAGUACACGGACAUGGAGUUGGACGAGUGCGAGGAGACGACGCUGCACAAUGUGAACAUUGAGGAGGAGAUGAGGAGGAAGGCGCAGCAGAGGCAGCAGGAGGCGUACGAGGAGGAAGAGGACGACGAUGGCCCCGCCGGCGGACCUCAGAGGGUGCAGUGUGCUCAGCAGUAGUUCCAACAAACAAGAUUUUGAAGAAGGUGAACCAAUUAUAACUACUAUUAUUAUAAUUUAUUAUUACUAUUAUUAUUGUUAUUGUGAUUUUGAGAUUUUAAUUUGCUUGGAAAUUUAAUUUUGGGUAACCCUCC